GAAAAACCAAAUUUACAGCCUUAGAACGUUUAAACUCAAAUGACUAUAAAGAUAAUUUUUAUGAAUCAAAUAAUAAAAUGUUUUGUAUCGCUUGCAAAAAAGUUGUUAAUCAUAGUAGAAAAUCUGUAAUUGACAAUUAUCUUAAUUCAGAAUCACAUAAAAAUAAAAAACAUCUUAUAGAAGCAUCUUCAAGUGAUAAGGUUGUUGGCGCAAAUCAAAUAUGUAAACAUUAUCUUUCACAAAUUUUUCAAAGUGAAUUAAAGUUUCUUUCAUCAAACCUUGAUUCAUUAGAUUCAUAUUCUGAAUCUUCUGAACUUAGUUUACAGUUGCCUCCAUUGUUUUUUUUUAAUAUAGAAAAUAUGCUUAACGAUUCUCCAAAAGCAGUUAAAAAAUUGGUUAAAAUUUUUUCAAAUCACGAAAAUAUUCCAAUAAUCGAAUUAUUUAUUGAAUUUAUUUCCUUAAAUACUCAACA